UAACAUAGGUCUCAAAAGGCAUAUGGCGGACGUUUUAUAUAUUUUUGCAUCGAAAACUGAUAAAUUGUUUUAGUUAUGAGUAUCUUGUGACCAUUAUAGCGUAUUUACUAAAUUUAGCUGAUAAACGUUAGUUUUAAAUGUGUAAAUAAGUUUAUUUUAUGUAGAGUUGUAAAUAUUGAUAGUAUUUUCGUGCGUGGACGUUUUGAUCCGUAUUGUUUAAUGAAAAACGAAAAGUCUGUGAUAUAAACAAUACAUAGGUGAUAGAAUAAUUUACUGAGUUUUUGUAAAUAUUGUUUAGGUAUUUUAGAAUUUUAGAAUAAUUAAUAUAUUGAAAGAAGACUGAGAAAUUGUGUGGGAGAUUUACAAGCUAUGUCAGCUGCGAGUUUAUUGUCUUCGUUGAAAGAGAAACCAACCGACGAAGGCCCAAAGAAUGGCUCUAAUCAAUCAGGCGAUGCGGGCGAUGCGGGCGAAGCGGGCGAGGCGAGCGAGGACGCGGGCGGCGGCGGGCAGUGCGCCGGCGACCCCGCCGUGCUGGCGCUGGGCCCCGCACGCCGCCCGCUCGUGUACCCGCGCGACCUGCUGCUGCGCCUGCGACACUCGCCGCUCGUCAAGCGCGGCCUCGAGCACGCAUUCCGGGGCUGCGACGCCGCGCUCGCACUGGUCCUCAAGAAAGGCUCCGAUUCACCCAACGACGACGACCGAGGAGCCAAGGGAGAUGCUCCUAACGACAAUCAUAAGGUGAGCGCGGGUGGUGGAGGUGGAGGGGGAGGGGGCGGUGUGCGCGAGCGGCGCGCCGCGGACCCGCGCGAGCGCGUGCGACGCGAGAGCGAGGGCAGCGGCAUCGUGCUCUCCCCGCAGCGGCGCUCCUUCGUGUCCGGCUGCGGCGCGCCCGCACCCCCAGCACCGCCGCCGCGACCCGACUCCCCGCACCACCCGCAUCCGCACCCCCACCCGCACACGCACACGCAGACCACCGGCAAGACCGCCGAACAAGCGGGGCGGCGCAUCGGCUCGGGGCGCAUCAUGGUGCGCGAGCCGGGCGCCUGGGAGGAGCCGGACUUCCGCGACACGUACCGCCCCCCCAGGGAGCGCAACAACACCGACAGCAGGUUCGAGCGGCGGUCGUUCACGCGCGACUCCUUCUCGUCCGACAUGAAGCGAGACCGCGACCGCGACCGUGACCGUGACCGAGAUCGCGACGAGCGCUACAUCAGCGACAAGCCGCGGGAUAGAGAGGAGAACCGGCGGUCGGGCGGACGCUACUCGCAGCGCCGCUACGACAAGGAGGAGGAGGAGCCCGAGUGGUUCAGCUGCGGCCCCACCUCGCAGCUGGAGACCAUCGAGCUGCGCGGCUUCGACGACCCCCCGCGCCGCAACGGCACCGCCGCACCGCACGACACAGAGAAGUGGAGCGGUGGUGACGACCCGCCGCAGCCCGGCGCCGCGCAUCAUGAGCAGGAGGAGGUGCGCGAGGCGGAGGCGGGGGUGGAGGUGGAGGCGGAGACGGAGGCGGCGCCGCCCGAGCCCGAGUUCAACCUCGACGACUUCCUCAAGUUCGACACGAUCCCGGACAUGCUCACCAACGGCACGAGCGGUCCGGAGGGCGGCAGUCGCUUCACGCAGUGGUUCCGGCGCGACAGCCCCGACACGCCGCACUUCGACGCCGCCACCAUGCUGCACCACGUGCUCGACGACUCGGAGAGCGUGCGGGACCGGGACCCCACGCCGGCGGAGGCGGCGCACGUGUUCGCGCCCAUCUCGCCGCACCCCGCGCACCCCGCGCACCCCGCGCACACGCCGCACACCCCGCACACCCCGCACCAGCCCUUCUCCCUGCUGGACCUCAUGUUCCGAGCCAACCAAAAGUCGAGAGAUGUCCCCAGCGGGAUGGGCGGGGGCGGGAAGAUGCAGAGCCUGGAGGAGCUGGAGGCGCGACUGCGGCCGCACCAGUCGGCGCCGCACCACAACGUGUCCGAGCACGACCUCACCGCGUUCAAGCGGCUCCUGGCGCAGGUGUCGGGCGGACACGCGGUCACCGAGCAGCGCGCGCCGCACCCGCACCACCAGCACCACCAGCACCACCCGCAGCACCACCAGCACCAGCCGCAGCCCAUGAGCCUCAUGCAGAUGUUAAACAAGAGUAUGGAGCAGCAACAGCAGCAGCAGCAGGCGCAACAGCAGCAAGCGCAGCAGCAGCAGCAGCCGCACAUUCCGCAGGAGCUCCUUUACAAGCUCCUGCAAGUGCAGCAGCGCCAGCAGCAGCAGCAGCAGCACCAGCAGCAGCAGGCGCCGCCCGCCCCCGAGCUGGCCGCGCUCUCGCCCUCCGACCGCGACCUGCUGCAGCGCCCCGAGGGACAGGCCAUCAUACGCGGCCUCAAGUCGGGCGAGAUCACGGUGCAGAACGUGAUGCAGCAGCUGAGCAACCCGGGCCUGCAGAGUCGCCACCGCGAGAUGCUGCUCACCAUCCUGCGCCUGCACCACGCGCGACAGCAGCAGCAGAUGAGCGGGUCGCCGCUGCCCGCCGGUAUGGGAGGUAUGGGAGGUAUGGGCACGCCUCACCUCGUGCUGCCGCAGCACCAGCCGCUGCGCCUGUCGCCGCUGCCGCAUGCCGGUGAGCCGCUGCUACAAAUAACUAACCAAACAACUAAAUGCAAUGUCACCUUGAAGAGAGCGGGCGGAGGCGGGGGGGCGCGCAUCCCCUCCCCGCGCGAGCUGGCGGCGCACACGCAGAGCAUCAUGCAGGGCGCGCUCAUCAAGAAGAAGCUGGAGGAGCAGCGCGAGAACUACCGCCGCCGCCACGACCCCCACCACAAGCAGCCCACGCCCAUCUCCUUCACGCCCACCUCGGUGCUGCGCAAAAUGACCGCAGACAAGGAGGCGGAGGCGCCGAGUCCCAAGCAGCAGCCGCCGCAACCCUGGGCGCAGCCGCCCAAGAUGCCGCAAGGACGACCCAUAGUCAAGGGAAACCAGAGCGGCGCCGCGACCGCGCCCUUCGGCCAGCCGGAGUACGCGCCGCACCACUACCUCGGCCAGCAGCAGAUGGCGGGCGUGCGCGCCUUCCCCCAGCCCGCGCCGCGCCAGCAGUACGCCGCGGGGGCCGGGGGGCGCACCUCCGCACCCACCACGCUGCAGCAGCUGCUGCUGCAGUCGCGCCAGCGCUCGCUCAACGAGCUGGGCGCGGGCGGGGCGGGCGCGGGCGCGGGCGGCGGCGACAACCAGCUGGCGCGCUGGUUCUCGCCGGAGCUGCUGGCGCGCGCCUCCGCCGGCAAGCUGCCCUCCGUGCACGUGCCCAACGCCGUCGCCCUCGAGGACCUGGAGCGCCACCAGGCGCAGCUGGCGCCGCACCCCGCGCAGCCCGUGCGCAACUAGCGCCGCCAUCGCCGUCGCCACCGCCACCGCCAUCGCCACCGGCACCGGCGUCGCGACACAACAAUUCUAAAGGACUUAAACCCUGCAAUAUUAUAAGUUCGAUACGUUUGGCCGGGACCCACCUCCCCCCCCCAUCUCCCCCCUCGGCUCCGCGUCAAUGUAUUCACUGAACCGUAUGUUUCCAUUUAAUGUGCCCGUCUCUUUUGUAAUUUUUAUUGUAAAUUAGUUAAUUGUGCGCGUGUGGGCAACAAUGGCAGCGCCCUGCCGGACAGAGGAGGUGCGUCCCUCCGAACCUGUAAAAAUACCCUCAUCAGAAGUAGGUGCGCUUACGUUACCAUUACCACCAAUUACAAAAUAGAUGAGAAAAUUUGUAAAUGAGAUAAAUGUAAUAAUUGUCUCCGCAAGACGUCGAAUAAACUAUAAGCAAUAUGAUGUGGUCGCGAGCGGCGCGACAACUUCACACUUUACCAUUAGCUAGACUUUGAUUACAAUUUAUCAGUUUUAGAUAAUAAUAAUAACGAGCCUUACGAUUGUAUCGAGGCGCAGAUCGGAGCUGCGGCUAGCCGGCACCGUGUGUCAUGUUGGAGCGCGCCCGACUGCCAGAUUGGUUGUGAGCGCAGCAAGCGGCGCCCCGAGCGCAUCCUACUCUUGUAAACAUUAUUGUUGUUGCGUCGUUCUUGAGAGCAUACGAUAAAGUUUUACCUUUCAAUAUCAUCAGAUUUGACAAUGUUGUGUUGUGUUUAUGCACUUUUCAAAAAGAGAUGUGAAGGUUGACGAUUUUCCCGCUGGCGAGGUAAUGUUGAGUAGCGCGGGGCCCGCGCAGACGCCGGCUCCGGCCCCGGCCCCGGCCUCGGCCCCG